AUGGUCGGAGGCGGAAGCAGGAGGCACGAUGGGUCGCUGAAGAUCAAUAGCACUAACGUCUUCGCGGUGCUUGAGACUCUCAAGAAGAAGAAGAAGUCGGACAAAGAGUCGAAGAGCAAGGGGGCGUCUAAGAGCCAAGGGAAGGAGCAGGAGAAGCAUGUGUUUUGGGCCCUGGCGCCUCUACCGAAUGAUACUUUAUUAAGUUUAUACUGGACAACAUUCGACACUCAGCAAUCAGUUAUUUCCAACUUCCGCUUGCGUUCUGAUUCUCUGUAUUCAGCUGAUGUUCCUGGUAGGGACGCCUGUGAAAUAACAGUGGUUCAUCAAGAAGACGCUGGCCUCAACGUUGAGAUGGCAAAACUGACAUUCGCCAAAGGAAUAUGGAGCUUUGUGAGUAAGACAAACAGUGCUUUGCGUGGCUAUUCCUCUCAUCCUAGUCGCUCAGUAUUAGUCCCUGCUCUUCUUAGACUUAUUAAGAAGUAUCAGGUUCUCCAAAGCUUAGUUCUGCAGAAAAUUGGAAGUUAUUGUGAUGCAAUGUUUAGCUUCCUGCUACAAGUUGCCAGUCUUACAAUAAUCAUGAGGUGGAUAGACGAGGAAGAAACACCGCAAUAUCUGAUUUUGGACAUGGACGGAGUGACUUCCAUUGACAGUGAUGGGAUUCGCAUGCUAGUAGAACUCCACAAACAUGUAGAAAGAAGAGGCAUCAAGUCAACUCUUAAUGGUUCAACAUCUAAUCUUGCGGACUCCUCAAGCCGACCCUAUACCACAUUGUUUUCUGGCCAGUCUGCGGCAGUGCCUUGGUUCCAUCCUUCUGGUGGUCUUCAAGGAUUGCAUAAUAUUCAUGGAAGCUUCAACCUGCCAACUGUGCCUGGUUCGCUUGCAUCCAGAGAGGUCGCAAUGGGUGUUGUACCAUUAGGUGGUGUUCAGCAACCAGGAGGAAGCAUUCCUAGUGGAUGGUUCUCAUCAAACAAUCUUUUGGUUGCAUUAUCUCAGAUGCCUCAUGGCUCUGCUGUCACAAAUAGAGAGGGUAUUAAUGUUGUUGGAAAUCAUGCUUUUAGUAGUAGUAAUAUUAAUGGAGUCACUGGGUCAAUAACUGGUAUUUCCUCAAGUUCAGCUUAUGGGAAUCGUAGUUCUGUUCCUGGUUUGGGAGUUUCUCCAGUAUUGAGUAAUGUAGGGCCAAGACUUACAAGCUCUGUAGGCAACAUUGUUGGCAGUGGUAACAUGGGAAGAAGCAUCAGUUCUGGAGGAUUAUCUGAGCUCGGUUUAGCUUCACGGGUAAACUUAGAUACUAUGCACAGAGCAAGAAGGAUAAUGUUGGCACCAGUAAGAAACAUAUUUGUAUAUUAUCUAUUACCUUUUGAUGUUGUAAGAAGAAUAGUUAUGUGUAAUUUGUGGAUACCGACUUGAUGUGCACAAUA